GCAUGCGCAGUGCGCCGUUUGCGUUCUUCUACACGGACCUCGAAAUUGUUCGCAACUGCAACUUGUUUUUCUGAAGGAACCUGGAACUUCUUAAGACCUCUUACUGAAGUAUAUAAUGACGAGCAGCGAAGGAUCCUGUCGCGUUCUCGUACGGAUUUUAGUAGAAGAACGUUGACUACAAGCUAUAAAUACUGAAAUCGAUCUCCGUCACGUGGGCAGGAUUGACCAAUCGCAGCGAGGGAAAGCAUGGCUAAACUAAGCUGUUUGUUUGGAUAUUUUUCCGAUUUCUUUUCUCAACAACAUCCACAAGUCAUAGAAUUUGGACCUGGUUCGUCGUUUUGGGGACACGGGACGCACCGAGGAUCAGUUUUUUUUUAAGUCUAUUCUUGCCCCGGAAUGCCACGUGUUUUUUGAGACUGGGUGUAAUCACAUGACUCCCCUCCCCCACCACACUGAAUGGGGAGGAAGGCGGACAUGUUUGAGGCGAAACGUGUUGGUUAAAAAGUAUCGACGUGGAAGACAAGAAGAUUAUUUGAACAACGGUUUCGUGUUAUUCUGGGAUUUAUUAUUCGACGGUUUUAAUAUUUAAUACGACGAAUUUCAGGCGUGUUUUUUUUUCCAAAUAUAUUAGUGAUUUUUUUCCCUCCUUUAAAUUUGCUUUUUUUUUUUUUUUUUUACAGUGAGAGUUUUGUAUUUGGAGAACUUUAAUACUCUAAUCUGAGUGUUAUUGUAGGGGGUUUCCAACCUUGGUGUGGGGGAUGGGCUGGUGCCUCUUAUCUCUCAUGGGGUUGAGGUAAGCAUAAUGGGAGUCACGUCAACUGACCCUGGUUCCAGCACAGCUGGAAAACGUAUCCGGAAACCCUCACUGCUUUAUGAAGGUUUUGAGAGCCCAGGGAUGCCUGCAUUCACAAUGUUGACCCCCUCGGGACCCCCACAGCCCCCAGUGAAAGAUCCUAGCCGACAGGGGAGGGUCACCAACCAGCUCCAGUUUCUACAAAAAGUAUUGCUCAAGUCCCUGUGGAGGCACCACUUUGCCUGGCCCUUCCACGAGCCUGUAGAUGCAGUCAAGUUGAACCUACCUGACUACCAUAAGAUCAUUAAAAAUCCCAUGGACAUGGGCACUAUUAAGAAGAGACUAGAGAAUAACUACUACCGCAGUGCCAGUGAAUGCAUGCAGGACUUCAACACCAUGUUUACCAAUUGUUACAUUUAUAACAAGCCUACAGAUGACAUUGUGCUGAUGGCACAGUCUCUUGAAAAGGCUUUCCUGCAGAAAGUUGCACAAAUGCCCCAGGAAGAAAUAGAGCUGCCUCCUCCACCUCCAAGGAGCAAAGUGGGCAGAUAUGGAAGAAAAGGCAUCGGAAGUGCAUUCUCCGGAGGAGUAACGACUGCUCAUCAGGUCCCAGCUGUCUCACAGUCGAUGUACUCUCCUCCCACCCCAGAAACACCUGAUUCCUACCACUCCACUCUUUCGCAGACAUUAGUGUCCCAUAGUGUGGUCCAUACUUUGUCAAUGGAACAGAGUGCCCCUACUAUUGCAAGUCUGCCUCCCACACAGCCAAUUGCUAAGAAAAAAGGUGUAAAGCGGAAAGCAGACACGACUACCCCGACCACCGUGGCCAUGCCAGUCAUGAGCACCAUGGGCAUUAGUGGCAUCAGUACGGGGUUGGGUGGCGGUGAUAACUCCCCUCUUACACUCACAUCUCUGGGAAUAGACCAUAACUCCAGUCUGGGGCUGAACCAGAGCCUUGGCCAGGGGAUGGGGAUGGGAAUGGGUGUUGGUAUAAGCAUGGGCCAUGGAGCAAUGUUGAUGGGUACUAAUACUGCAGCAGGGGGCAGACGAGGGGUGAGUGGACGACCCAUCAAGCCUCCAAAGAAGGACUUACCAGAUUCCAUGCUGCCACCACCUGUGCGACGCAGCAAGUUGAGUCCGCAGCUGCGCUACUGCAAUGGCAUCCUGAAGGAGAUGCUGUCCAAGAAGCAUGCGGCCUAUGCCUGGCCUUUUUACAAACCUGUCGAUGUCACUUCACUUGGUCUCCAUGACUACUACGACAUCAUUAAGCAGCCCAUGGACCUUAGCACUGUCAAGCGGAAGAUGGACAGCAGAGAGUAUCACGAUGCUCAACAGUUUUCAGCAGACAUCAGACUGAUGUUUUCAAACUGCUACAAGUAUAAUCCACCAGAGCAUGAUGUGGUAGCCAUGGCCAGGAAACUCCAGGAUGUCUUUGAGUUCUGUUUUGCCAAGAUGCCAGAUGAACCUCCUGCACCCCCCAGCUCCUCCUCAUCAUCAUUUUCCUCUUCAUCGUCUUCAUCCUCCUCUUCAUCGUCCUCUGAGAGUGAGCUCAGCAGUGAAAGUGAUGAGGAGAGCAAGAGCACGACCAGCUCAGACUCUGAGGAGGACAGAGCGAACCGCCUGGCGGAGCUGCAGGAGCAGCUCAAAGCUGUACAUGAGCAGCUUACCGCACUCUCCCAGGGUCCCAUUGUCAAGCCCAAGAAAAAGAAGGAGAAGAAAGACAAGAAAAAGAAGAAGAAACUAGACAAAGAGAAGCAUCGGAGGGUAGAUGAUGACCUAACAACUAUGAGGCCAACAAAGAUGCCCAGACCCCCCAAGAUUCCCAAAAACAAGAGCAACAGAGGGAUAGGAUGCCCUGUGAUGUCAAUUAAAAAGACACAGAGCAAGAAAAAGAACAACAAAAGCAAAUCCAAAAAGGGGAACAUGAUGUUCAGCAUGCCCGAGAUGGUGCAAGACUCCUUUAUGCAUCAUUUUGACUCUGAUGAGGAGGAAGACACUGCACCAAUGACGUACGAUGAGAAGCGUCAGCUCAGCCUGGACAUAAACAAGCUGCCUGGUGAGAAGCUGGGCCGUGUCGUUUACAUCAUCCAGUCCCGUGAACCGUCACUCAGAGACACCAACCCCGAGGAGAUUGAGAUAGACUUUGAGACACUGAAGCCAUCAACCCUACGAGAACUGGAGCGAUACGUCAUGACAUGUCUGAGGAAGAAGCCAAGAAAGCCAUAUGCAAGUAAAAAGAACAGUGCUGGAAAGUCGAGAGAAGAACUUGCUCUGGAGAAACAAAUGGAGCUGGAGAGACGACUCAUGGAUGUCAGCGGACAGCUCAACUCUGGAAAGAAACCUCCAAAAGCCAAACCAGAGAAACCUGCAGCGGAGUCCCACACCCAGCCGUCACGUCUGAGCGCCAGCAGCAGUUCAUCAGACUCCUCUUCCUCAUCAUCGUCCUCAUCAUCCUCUGACACAAGUGAAUCAGACUCUAGCUGAGAGGCGAGGCUUUACCAAGUCACAUGACAGGCUCUGGCAUUAUUGCUUCCUGACAAGUGGAGUGAAAUGUAGUAAAAGCUGUUUGUGAUCAGAGAACAUUGCAAAGUUGGAACUGAUCCAGCUGAUAACUGUCGUUCUUCAAGUCCUGUCUUGGCUGCAGAAACAUUCACGUUAGAUGGAGUGAAAGAAACCUUGGACAUCUGGUCCGGUUCAGAGAUGUACACUCCACCUCCGACAGUUACAGAAGCCUGAAGCAUGCGUUUUAAAGCCAGAAUCCUUUAUCUGUUGUUGUCUUUGUGGGGAUGGAUUCCGUUGAAACCGUGCUCCCUGUCUUUGUGAUGUAAAGACUGGGCUUGAUGUUAACACCUGCCUGUGUGCUUGAGGCCGGGGAGUUGAUUUCUCGGAGAGGCGAUUUUUGUACCUGGCAAUAUUUAUGUCUGUCAUGCAGGCAAAUAAGUCCAACGGAUCAAACAUUUUGAUGGGUGAACGAUUAUUUUGAAAUUGUGAUUUGAAUGUGUGGUUAUUGAAAUCGCAAAAGCUGCAGUUAUUCAUGCUAACACUGAUUUUUCAGCUUGUCCAACAUAAAACACCUUUUAGUUUCUUUGCUCUCUCACCUCCUUCACACCGGAGCUGAGUACAUUUACCACAGUCAAUCCACAUGCUACAGAGAUGUUAUAUUUUUUGGAUUUAUUGCGUAUAAGUUUUGCAUCUUUUUUGUUGAUAACAAAAAUGUCCAUUUUUCCCUCACUGUCCUGUACUGAAAUUCAUCACUAUUGAUGUUUGGCUUAAGUCAUUUUGCUCUAUUUUCUCCAUUUGGUUGUGGUUCAGUUUCAACACCUGACCAUAGUCGUGACUUCAUCCACUCUGCUUCUUUCUCCCUGUAGUACAACGCACAAGCAUAAUUCCUCCCCCACCGGUUUGGCCAAAGUGAUGCUAUUGUGCACACUGUCGUGCACGCCAGCCUUCAGCCAAAGGUGGUUACACCGAGCUGGCUGAGGUGGUCACACUGUACUUCAGGAGCAUAAACAGCUUGUUAAUUUGGAGGCAGUCGUCCGAGGCUUCCAGUUAAACUUCUUUCCACUCUUUGAAGUUCAAACUCUAAAAGCUUCAACUUUAUUUCCGUUAUCGAGAUUUGUCUGUGUUGUAGCAGCAAUGUUUACAAGUUUAAUGCGCUUUGUUCAUGUCUAAUGACUGACUUUCACUCUGUGCUGACUUUUCAUUUAUAGCUGUAUAUGUACCUGUUGGAAAUAACCGUCACUUUUGAAUGUCAUGCAUUCAUUUGGAAAUAAGUGAGCUGCACUCAUCUGUGUUCAGUACGUUCAUUCCGGUUGAAUUUUCUGGCUGGCAUGUAUGUAAAAAAAACAAAAACAAACUGGAAGGAAUUGAACAAUUUGUUUUGGAGGGGCAGGUUCCUUGAGAUAAAAUUGUUCAACAUUAGGUGCUUUCUUUAUAGGGGAUGUCUGUGGCUACCCGCCCUGUGGCAGACUUUUCCUAAAGUUAAUGUAUAGCCCUGAGAGAGCAGAUGUACAGUUAUAAAUCUUUCUUUUAUAAAGAAGCAUUUUACAGCAUCAGUUUAUUCCCUCAUUCUGGGAAGGGUGGUAUUGUUGUAGUUAUUUUAUUUUUGAGUGACACACGGGGACAGUGUGGAAAAAUUUGCGUGAAUGCAUCUUGUAUAUUUGUAUGUUCGAGUGAGAUGUGACACCGCAAGUGUAGCCUUGUGAAAAGUGUCGCUGCAGACGAGGAGUCGGUCUGUGCGUAGAAGCACCUUGGUUCCACGCAUGCAAUGCGGGCGAGCGCAUUGUGCAUCCUCUGAGAUGCUCGGCCGCUGUACAGAAAUAUCACGCCUCAAUUUGUUCGUAACCCAUUUUGGCUGUUACGGUUUGUUUGUAAACUUCUUGUGACCAAUCUGCUAAUAAAUUGUGAGGUUGCGUCUUGUCCGCGCUCAUUUGUGUUCAGAUACCACCUUCGUUCGUUUUCUGUGUCCAUGUCUGGUCGAACAUAUGAUGAAAGUUUUUUGUUGUUUCUUACACGUGAUAUUUUCUUGAGCAGCAGGAGAAGCCUCUGCAGUUUUGGGGUCGUUUCUGACAGGCCAUCACUUCAACACAAAAGUGUUUUUUCUUUGAAACAAUUUGGCCUUCAACAACUAAGGCAGCUGAAAGUUUUAAUUUCUGUAUUUGUCUUGUGUUUGUGCAAGUUUGUUUUGUGGCUUCAAGUUAAGUCAUACCAGGCUGGUUACGUUUGCUGUUCUGAGUCACACAAGUAUUUUCUAAAAAAGAAAAAAUGUUCAUUAUUGCUUAAUGGAAAUAUACAAUUGGCAUUUGGGGGGGGGCAUCAGCAAUAGACAAAUUGACAGCUUCGUCUUGAGUAGUACAGAUGCACUGUUUGGUUUGGUGGUACUACUAAAUUUUGUGGUUUAGUUACGUGUGUGUUCUUUUAAAAUCUGCCUCUGGUUUGAGAUUGAACUGUGAUAUGUGAUUUAUUUAUUUAAGAGGAAAUGAGAUAGGAUUUUUUUUUUUCUUUCAAUGUUUUGAAAUAUGCACAUGUUAAAGUAACAGUCAGGAUUGUAGAAAUGUACAUAUUUAACAGUCACAAGUUUUCGGCAUGUUUCUGUUUCUCUGCAAGUUUGCAGCAUUUUUUGGCUACUAAAGUCAAAAUGCUCUGGAAUUUCAGUCUUAGAAGUUUCAAAGAUCUUCAUGCCUCUGUUCUUGACUCCAUUGUUCUAUCUGAACAUCUGGCUGUACAUAAAUAAAUAGAAAAUGUUUUCACUAA